AUGACACUUUCUCUUCAUGCCUUUCCUUUCAGUACAUUAGGUGCGCGCUUUUUUUUCCCCUUUUUGUGUUUGGUCAUGCGUGCUUCCAGUGCAAACGCAAGACUGGUUCAGCGACACGAGCGCCAGAAGGCACAGAGUGCUGCGAAAGCAUCGUCUGCCCGGUUUAAUGCGAAGCAAAGCCGGUUUCAAUUGCGGCAGGAGGAGGCUCAGGUGAGGAAUGAAAUUCAGAAAGAACCCCUACCGAUAUCGUCGGCCGUUACUGCCCCAAACAGAGACCAGACGUCUACGUUUAGCCGAUUCGAUAGACCCCCAGCACGUGCCUCAACUGCCAUGGUGGCAACAACAAACACAACCACAACUACCACAGCAACUUUUGGGCUUGCUCCAGUGAGGCGCACAACAAAUGCCAACGCCAUGGGACAUGUCGGCACUCGAACUUCUCGUCGUGCAGCGAGGUUCCGUCUUGAGGAUGCUGAGGGAACUCAUUCAUCUGCUGUUGGGGAUAAUAAUAUGCCGGAGGUUGGUGGUCUUCUUGGGACGGUUCGCCGUCCUCGUCAGGCGGAGGUCGACGACGACGCCAGCGGUGAUGCCGGGCGGAAGAAGACGCGUGUGGAGAAGUUUCAGGAGGUUAUGGCUAAUAGUAAGGAGCAUCGUGCCCAUCUGCAGCGCGAGCGAGAACAGCGAUCCGUCCAAACCAAAGCGAUUGAUCAGGAGUUUAACAACGUUUUGCACCUCUUGGAGCGCCGGGACAAAGUGAAGGAGGAUCGUGAGGCUUUCAACGCUGCAGGAACGCCUGAGGUUCGGGCCCUUCUGCAGUCUUUUCGCACAAACCAUGUGGCGAAAGUGCUCUCCCUGCGAAGUGACGGGAGCUACACGGUUGCCCCGCUGUCAGCUCCAGACGAGAAGGCGGCUAAUGUUUCAACUACCACCGCAACUGCUGCCACUUCAGUAACCGCCGAAGGCACGAAGCAGGAAACCACUUCAUUUCUGGACAGCGCAGACAUGGAGCUCUUACGCAAGGUGCGCAGCGGUGUGGCAGAGCGGGAAGUUGUGCCGGGGGCAAAGGAAUCUGAUAUAGCAAUGGGUUCAGCUCGUCCAAGUAGGUCUAAUGUGGUAGACGAAGAGGCAAAUGCGGAAGCAGACGAGUUCGACCGCAUGAUGCAGUCGAUGCGACUCGAGACGCGCCGGGCUAUUGCCGGUGACCGUACCUUGACAGAAGAAGAGCAAAAGCAGAAAUUGUUGGAACAGGAAUUACUUGAGGCAGACCGUGGGGCAAUGCCAACUAUUUCGCACAAUAGGGAGCAGCUUACGCGAGCCGAGUUGUUAAGUCGUGGAGGUGAUUUUCCUGAAAUGGGAGAUGAUGAUGGCAGUGUUCCUGAGGGAGAGUUGGAGGACAACCUUGACAUUUCAACUGCGUAUGACAGUGAUGGGGCCUCCCAGCGCAGCGAUGAUGACGGUACCGGAAAUUACGACGGGAAGGAAGCAUAUGAAGGAGAUGACGUCCAUCAAGAGUUGGGAGUGACAGGUGCUGGCGCGGGUGGUUUGGGAGCGUUGGAGAUAUUGUUGAGUGAAGUAGAAACUCUUAGCCGUAGUGGCAAUGGGACGCGCUCGGCACGUGCUGCACGAGGUGAGGCGUACCAUGCAUUGCUCAUUCGCUUGUAUCGUUAUGCACAGAGUCACGUAUUACACACCGCGCAAACAUUUCGUGCGCUUCUUAUCGAGGCUCAGCGCUCAUUUCUUCGGCAUGGAAGUCUUGAUCGCGCUACGCUACUUCUACUCCACACGACUUCCCGGAUAUUUCCCAUGACAGACUAUCGCCACGCCGUCACUACGCCAUUUUUUAUAUUUCUGUGCUCCACGCUAUUGCAGAUGAAACUGAAGACGGUUGCUCAGGCGCGCGAUUAUGCGGUGCUUGCCGGCCUUCUUUGUAGUUGCAUGCUGCAGGGCGGCAAAUUCUGCGCGGAGGCGAUCAUAGCACCACUUAAUCUUAUUGCACUCCAAGUGCCGCGGAGUGUAUUGGAACCAGCGCGCCUGCAGGGAAUAUGCGUGCCAUUCCCUUUAGUUGGACGAGGGGAUACGGAGGUGGCGUUGUUACUGACGAAUGAGAAGGAGAGUUUAUCAGCUCCCACUGCACACGACGGUGAUGACAAUGUUAAGGAAGGUGACGGCACCGCUGAGGCCAAAGCCGCAAAUAAUGAAGAAGAUGUGGAUGAACCGCUAUUGGAAGGUACACUUGCCGUCCUUGAGACGGAUGUAAGCGCAGAGCGCAUUGUGCGGUACGCCUACAGGCUACUGUCGGUUCAAGCGGAUGCUCUGCGUAAUGUGCCCGCAUUCGAGUACUGUUUGGCUGCUCCUUUCAGAGCUCUGCACGAGCGCCUCACGGCUGCUGCAAUUACAUCGACCGCAAAGCGUGGUAAGGGCAAAUCAUCUUCUGACAGCAAGGUUAUGGCGUGUUGGAAGCCGUCACCACUUGUGCAAGCUGACCACGAAGCACUUCUAGAGAAACUAACGCAGUUCACUUCUGAUGCACGGAACCGUCGCACGCCUCUCGCUAUGCGGAACUUUCGUCCACGUCCCAUUCGUCAGUUUGAUCCGCUGCUGCACGAACGUGAGGAUAUUGGCGGCGACGCCAACAUGUCGACUUCUGUUUUGAAGAGUGAAGUGCGUCAGAUGAAACGGGAGCUUCGGGAAGACAGAAAACGUGUCGUGCGGCACCUGCAAGCGGAAGCAAAUGUGGAACGAAGACAACGGGAGCGUGCGGCGGCUGAAGUGGAGGCGCAGCGCGAGCGCAAAUACCGGGAGCUUAUGGGAUCGCUACAAGCACAACAACAUAUAAUGAAAACUGUCGAUGGACUUCAGGCGAAGGCGCGGUCGAAGAAACGGCGAAGCAUCUCCGGCCUUCCCGGAAAAGCGGAGGACAAUACCGAUGGUGGAGGCGCGUGA